AAUAGAGGAGAGAGAAAGUGAAAAAGAGGAGAGAGAAAAUCAUAUAGAAGAAAAGUUUUGACUUUGGAAGUGUUACAUUUAUUGGGUGUGGGUGGGUGUAUUGGGUGUGGGUGGGUGUAUUGCAGUUUUCAUGUUUUUUAGUUUUAGGAUUUUUUUUAAUUGGGUUGUGUGUAAUUGGGCUUUUAGGCUGCGUCGUUACAUCUAUUUAAGGUGUACAAGGGUGCACGGACUAAUCGUUAACAAGGACAUCAUAAACUUGUUCCCUAUCGGGCACCAAAAAAAAUUGAAGUGAUUAUUGUAAACACAAGCCGUGCCUUCCUCCACCAUUUUCCCCAAAAUUGAACAAUCGAGCGCUAGGGUUAUUCAAAGUUUUCCAGAAAUUAAAUUCAGUCCACUCUCCAGGGGUUUAGUAUCAAUACCCAUAAUGUCAGAAUCAUCGGUGCUCAGUAAGAUGAUGAUGAAUUUUCGUGAAAGUUGCAGGUAUUAUACUGGUUAUCCCAAGGAUUUAGGACCAUCCCGUGUUAUACAUUUUACGUCGGAGCGUCAAUUUGUACAGAUUCUUCACCAAGGCUACCCUGUGGUUGUUGCUUUCACUAUUAGGGGAAAUUACACAAGACAUCUUGACAAAGUAUUAGAGGAGGCUGCGGCCGAGUUUUACCCUCAUGUCAAAUUUAUGAGAGUCGAGUGUCCUAAGUAUCCAGGCUUUUGUAUAACACGGCAAAGGAAGGAAUACCCAUUUGUUGAAAUUUUUCAUACCCCAGAGCAAGCUGCUGCCCCGGGAAGGGUUACUGAUCCAAAUGUCACUAAGUACUCCGUGAAAGUCUUGCCUUUCAGUCAUGACCUCAGUAAUUAUGGAUUUAGAGAAUUUUUCAAGCGCCACAAGAUUCAAAUGUCUAACCAGGAGUGAUCUCUAAUGAGGCCAUAGCUCUCUACACUGCAGUUCUUGAUAAGCUUCACCAUGGAAUAUGAACAACACUGUUGCGCCUGGUUUUUGGCCUAUUUACAAUUGCUUGAAUCUCUGUAUUAUCAUGUGCAGAAUUAGUUACCCUCGGAUAACUAUUUCUGAAUAUUUGAUUAAUAUUAAUAUCUUUGAAGGGGAGAAGAUGCAAUUUACUCAUUGGAAAAGGGAUAUACAUAGCAUUGCCUCAUUGCCUCCUGCCACCCGAAGCUGUAGCACGUGAAGCUGAAAUCUUGUUCUUUGCAAUGCUUUCCAGAUUUAAUCUAUCAAGCAAAUUGU